AGACCCUUGUGGAACUAACCAAUGUGGCGUUGGUCAUAAAUGCACGCCAAUCGUAGCUACAGGAAAACAUAAUUGUACAUGCAAAAAAAAUUUCAUUGAGAAAAAUGGAAAGUGCGAAAAAGUAACACCAGGUAAGAUGGCGUCUCCUAUUAAUCUAAAGAUUACUAAAUAUCAGUUUACUCUGCUUACCUCUGAGUCGACUCGGCAACGUCAAUCAAUGAUGCAAGUUCGAUGUUGGAUUUCAAAUGUGACAAAAAUUGCACCUUCAUGACAUUUAGCUUGCCUUACUUAAGGAAGGGCAAUCGCUAGACGGGAAGAUAUCCUUUCACCAUACAUCCACUGAAAAGUUGCUAUAAUAGCAAUAUAAUUUGUUUUGUAAAAUAGUGAAAUCAUAUCUGUAUCAAACCUCUACUUGUAUCUCGUAUAAGAGCAAAUGGUUUCCCACUUAAAAUUGUGUGACUGUGUUAUUUCACUUUACUAGAAACAACAUAUUAUUCGGUAGCGAACAAUAGCAAAGGAGUUAUAGUUGUUGCUGUUCUGGUUCCAUCAUUUGUAAUUCUGGUCGCUAUUUUAAUCAUUAUUUGGCUGCGUAAACGUCACGAGAAGCGAAUGACUUUCAUGGAAGAGGAAAUGGUUAUAGCUUUUCACGUCGGAAGUAGAAGCAAUCCUCGACGCCUGUAAGUAUUUAAAUAUAUACAUAUAUACAUCUUAAACACUAAGCGUGCAAAGCUUAAUAGGAGCACAAAGUUUCAAGUUUGUAGUUGAAUAUUACAGCUGUUGUGAAUGAAUUGUUAUCCGGAGAUAUUUACAAAGGCUCUAAGAAAUGGGUCUCAAAUAUGACUUAGACUUUAAGGUUUAGAGUUUAAUGUUUGCAAAGGUUUUAUGGGCUUCAUUAGUGUCUUGCUGAUGGGCAGGAUGAAAGUAACUGCUAUUUACAGUUAUACCUUUGAUGCAUUAAAAGAUGUGGGACAUCAAAACCAUGCAAGAGCGUACAAACUGCAAGUAGUGAGCGUGCGCAAUGCGUAAGCGGCAAUGGCUCAUCUUGUAGAGCGCUCAAUAUGCUGCCGCCGUUCUGCACGUUGUAACCAAUAAUCUAUUGGCGUUGUAAUGCCAUUGUAUGCAAUAAAGUAUUGGGUUGCAAUGGAAGACAAAUCCACAAUCAUUAGACAAAAGUUUUAGUUAUAGGCCUAAAUGUAGUUGGCUUAGUUUGGUGGAUGGCAGGGAAGCGCAAGAGCAUAUUCCCUGUGGGUUAGCGGAACACUGGCUGCUUUAGGGUUAGGGGGUGGGGUUAGUGGUUAGGAGGUGGGGGUUAGAGGUUAGGGGUUAGGGUUUGGAUUAGGAAAAAUAUAUAUAUAUAUAUAUAUAUAUAUAUAUAUAUAUAUAUAUAUAUAUAUAUAUAUAUAUAUAUAUAUAUAUAUAUAUAUAUAUAUAUAUAUAUAUAUAUAUAUAUAUAUAUAUAUAUAUAUAUAUAUGUUUACAGAUUUGUAAUCCAGGAAUAUUAUAAUUAAUUAAAGUUCUCCGGAUUGGAAUAUACUUUUCUUGAGCUUUCGACCCGGUACUUCGAGCCUUCUUCAGAAUACUGAGAUUAAAAUUACAUAUGUACAUUAUUUAAUUAGUUUUGCGGUGUUGCUACGUUCUUGUAAAAGUCGAGACCGUCUAAUUGGCUGUUGAACAGUUGAUGUGAUCUCAUUGCUGGUUGAAUGAGAUGUUGCUGUUGUUGUUGUUGUUGCUGUUGUUGUUGUUAUUGUUGUUGUUAUUGUUGUCGUUGUCGUUGUCGUUGACGUUGUCGUUGUCGUUGUCAAUUUAAAUCAAUUCAAUAAAUAUCAUUAAUAUUCAGCAAUUAUAUCAGCAAACCCAAACGAUAAGAAAGACAUUGUCUUGUCUAUUGUUCGUUGUGAACAUGCACAAUCACAAUAGUCUAAAGCUUCUCAAGAAUGUGAGCGACUAAGGGGCUGUUCAUAUGAGCCCGGUUAACCAGGCUGGCCCGCUUUGCUGGGCUGGCCCGCUUUGCUUUCACAUGAGACGGGCUAGCCCAGCAAUCAUAUCUAUUCAUAGUAACGAUUUCCCGCAAUAUUUUAGCGGGAAAGUAAAAGUCGUGUUUAUUCAGUAAAUUUGUAUUUUUGUCGACAGCAACAGCUUCUGGAGGUUUAAUUUUGAUAAUUUCCUAUAUUUUUGAAUAUUUUAGACUGUUUAUAAACGAAAUAAAGCACGCAAAUUUGCAAUCCGGCUUUCCGGCCUAGCCCGAUUGUGCAUUCAUAUGAGCCCGGUAAGCCGGGAUCUCGCCUCGCUCAAGCGAGAUCCCGGCAAACCGGUCUGGCCUGCUUCUCAUAUAUGAACCGAAUCUUAAAUUAUUAUAAAAACAAUAUGUGAGGCGGGAUCUCGGCACUCGAAAACCAUCCCGGUUAACCGGGCUAGCCUGGCAGUGCCGUGCUCAUAUGAACAGGCCCUAAUUAUAUAGCGAUUAAUUAUAAGCGUUAAUUAAGUUGACUAAAUUUAGCACGCUGGCUUCAUGUUUCUCAAAGCGCAGAGGAGUAAUAUUGCUAUCUGCAGGCUAUCAUGUAAUAUUGAUAGUCCGAUAGAAAAUCGUGAACCCUAAAAACAAAAACAUGUAAAGAUGUUUGUAGCUCAUGUAGUCUCAAAGACGCGAGAUGAAUUGCAUUAACCUAACAACAAUUCAGAUAAUUUGUUAUCUUAACUUAAUCCCCGUGCACGGCACGUACAUGACUGUAGCUGCAAUAUUUUGCAAUUAAUAACACGCACGGCACGGCAAAAUUUGAUGUACGGCAAAAGUUAGCUGACUUAGGCACGGCAUGUUUAUUCUAAAUAUUGUGGGACAUUUAACUUAUCUAUCAAAUUCAAAUGCGAGGAAAUACUUUUGAAAACUGCGCAUUUAGUUUGAUGGGAAAAACUCUCUCACAACCCCCCCCCUCCCCCCGGUUUAGAAAACCUGAGUUCGAGAAUUUUUAUUCAUUAUUCUACGUAAGUACCCAAAGAAACUAUUUAUAACUAUUUAAGUAAAUCACAAACCAUUCUUCCAAAUUCGAUAUCAUUUCAAUAUAAGUAAAUCACAAAACGAACUUUUCUAAGCACAAUUGCAAACGCUUCGCAAAACGUUUUAAAAUAUUCUUAAAACUAAACAGCCUUUUAUCGGUACUAAAAUUGAGUGUGAAAUAAACUGAUUCGAAACUCUCGAAUGAAAACAACUUUGCUUUCCUUUUUAUUUAAAGAUUUUAAUAUAAUAAAAAAAGGUUAAUAGUAAUAAAAUACACUGAAAUUAUAUCAUGUCUUUUCACUCUUAUCAGUAUUUUAAAACAAUCAUAAAGCAAACAAUACAUCAAACUGAUUAAAGACAAUUAAACUUACCUUCAUUAACGUCGGCGACUUGGCUCCCUUCUUUUCGACGCUUUUGGGCUUCUUUUUCUCAAAACUGUUUUGAAAUUUCCAAAAUCAAAAAUACAAUAUAUUUGCAAGAAAUGUUUUUUUAUUACAGCGUUUCGCUGUCGUGCAGUUGUUACAAUGCAAAUUUUAAAAUUAUUUGACCAAUCAGUGUUCGCUAUUCACGACAGUCCGCUACAUAUUUUCACAUCACUGUGGAUGACCACCCAUGAAGAUGAACCAUAGCAAUGCGCCCGCGAUAUUUGGUGAACUUUAGAUUGCCCUACUGCGUUCCUUUCCCUGGUGUAAAUAGGAUCUCGGAAUUGGUGUCCUCGCCCGGGCACACUCCUGGGAUAGCGCUCCGCGCCGUUGGGUCGGGGUUGAACAUUUCAAAACAUUCUACGAAGCAAUUCAGGUAAAAUUUGACAUUUUAUUUUAUUCAUUUUGAAAUCAGUGGUGUUUCCUUCAAUCUGACUGCUUCACAGGAGUACGAUUUCAGCACAAAUCGCACUCCUAGCAUUACGAUUCGUGUUGACAUCGCACCUUCUUUCAACCAAUCACAUUAGACUGCAAACUUCAGCCAACCAAUCUUAUUUAAUCAUAUUAUUCAAACAGCCAAUCAAUUAAAAAAAAAUUGAUAUGGCAAAUAAGUUAAAACAAAAAAAUUACAUAAAAUAUAUCAUGAUUAAUACUCUUGAGUGCCUAAAAAAUAUGGAUAGCUACAGUAAAUAAUCAAAGAUUUGCAAAGAAUUUUAAAUUGUUUGAAACUUCACAAAUUUAAAGAAUUUUGCCAAGAAAAGCAAAUUUAAAGCGUCAGGGAAAACAACUUUAAGGUAAAUUCGCCUAUCGUAUUUCCAAUUUUAAACGCACAAAACUGCACCAAAACAGGCAUCAUUUGCCGCUUCACGGUCGUGCGAUAUUGUAACCACGCGUUUGACUUCAGUCCAAAUUGCACGACUAAAGGAAUACCGAAUGGUUUUCCGUGCAGGAUUGCGUGAUCCAUGCACGCGGGAUGUUGCGAAACUUUCGGAAAGCGUAAAAACAUUUUUACGCUUUCCGAAAGUCGAGCAACAUCCCAAGUGCAUGGAUCAUGCUAUCCUGCACGGGAAACCCAUUUGGUAAUUGUUUUAUAAAAUUACUACAGUGAAACGACGCUUAACUUCAUUAAAAUUACUGAUGAAAUGUGCAGUUCUCACAACAUUCGUGAAUUAACCAAACAGAGAACCGCUACUCCACGCUAUUGAAAACAACAACAUAUGUGAACAGAAUUUGUUCGCAAAUUCGCGAAAAUAUACAGAGAAAAUACAGGGACUUUUCGAUAAAAUAUACGAAAUAUGAAAUGGAAAACCCGCUAAACAGAGAGCCAAAGUACUUUUGAAGGUUCUCGACCUGAAUAUGUGAAGAUUGCGAAGCGUUUGAUCAACUUUGAAGCGAGAGAUGUUGUUCUUGCAUGCCAUGGUCUGAUGAAUUUCAACGCGCGUUGCUACUUGCUGAAUAGCAAUGUAUCGAUCAGAAAUUUAUUCAUACAACUAAACCAACGUCUCAAUAAUUGGAAACUUACUUCAAAGUCGAAUGGUAUCGUACAAUGAAACUUUACAAUGCGAGUAUAUUUGUAAAAUUAUGUGCAAGAAUUUCUGUUCGGAAUUUCCCGUGCAGGAUUGUCUGAUCCUGCACGGCUGUUGACCAAUAAAAUUGCGUGUUUCACUGUAGUUAUUAUAUAAACUCAAUUACCAUUAUAAAUCAAAGCUCAUGAUAAAAUACAGAACGACAUACAUAUAGUAGCUACAGAGAAAUUCAUUGCUAUAUAGUUAAAAGCAAUAAUCUUUCAACUAUUUUUGGCGCGUUGUACAAAAAAUAUAAUAAUAAUUUAAAUUAUCGUGUUGCCACGCGAGCCUGCGUUCAGUGUUGAUGAAUUACUAAUACUUCAUGUUAAAUCUGUGUUUGGAAAAUGUAGGCGAGGUGUUGCUGCAUGCAUAUUUUUCUAGUUAUAUAAUAAUUUUAAAAUAGUGUAACAAUGAAAUAGGCAUGCCAGAGAUAGUUUACGAUGGCCGCUAAUGUUGAAGUAAUACACAUGCAUAUAUAUUGAGCACUCGAAUGUGAAUUAAAAUCCCAUUGACAAUAUUAAUAGCUUGGGAUUUUGAAUUAAUUUAUUCUCGUGCAACCGAGCGGUUAAGCAUGCAUGGCGUAUGUGAUUGGUACCAGGUCAAGGAAUAAUUGAGCGGUAAUAAUGAAAUCGCAGUAACCAUUCUUAUUUCUGUUUUUUUUUUUUGUUAGCACUAACAAGGAUAAUUUGAAAGACGACAACGGCGAAAGAGUAGUGAAUUUAAUAUAUGUUUCGCAAGAUAAUGUUUACGGGUUACCAGGAUAUAUAGUGGAUAAAAUAUGUCACUUUGAAAUGCCUGUUGAUUCAAUACGAUUUAUUGGUGUCAUUGGCAGAGGAGAAUUUGGCAAAGUAUAUGUCGGUGAAGCACAAGGAGUCAAUAGAAAUCCAGAAUGGACAACCGUUGCAAUCAAAACAUUCAAAGGUUAAGAUCACAGAUCAAAUAUUUUACUGCAAUUGUUCAAAUAAUUGUUUGGAAGAAUAUCAUUCGGGAAAACGCCUGGCAGUCAUUGUCAUAUAUAUCAGGAAUCGUUAUACUGCCAAGAUGCGUAGCGAAUAAAAAUAUCAUUAUAAAAUAACAUGUAUAUAACGCGUGCUCUGAUUGGUCGAAACCGGUGUUUGGAUCAGGCCAUCCAAACACGGAAGACUAUCGUGUUGUUGUUAUUUUAUAAAACAAUUACUUUAUGGUUUCCAUGUUUGGAUGGCCUGCUCCAAACACUUGGGAAUGUUGCUCGAGUUAAGAAAAGCUCGCAAAAUCACUCGCCUUCGGCUCGUGUUCGCGCGCUUUUCUUAACUCUCGCAACAUUCCCGCGUGUUUGGAUCAGGCCAUCCAAGCACGGAAACCAUAAAGUAAUUGUAUAGUCAUCAUGAUUUGUUGAUGGUAGCUAUCAACCAUGCAUGGGAACAAUAAAUUUUACGCUUUGCAUUGUUCGCCCAUGACGUUAAUUCUUGGGUAAAAAUUUAAGAGAGCAAAAUGUUUAAAAUGUUUAAAUGAAAGUCUAGAUGAUUGCAUUGAGAGGUGUAAAAACAAUUAUCAUAGUGUUUCGACAUGUAUGAUUUCAUUGAAAUAAUGGUAAUUUACAAACUUUAAUCUAUAUCUCGGCAAUAUUUCCUCAACAUCAGUCCAUGUAUAACCACCCAGUACUUUCUAAGAACGUGAAUAAGAAUGUUUAUUAAUUCGUUUACAACUAGUGUUAUUUUGAGAUUUGCUGCAAUUUGACUGGCUACGCGAGCGAGCAGCUUUUUCCUGCAUGUAUUUAGGCUGCCGGCAUGAGCUAGGAGUGUUACUUUUUUAGCGACAAAGCGAAGAGCGAAGAUAAUUUCCAUGCAGAAAACACUACCCGAAAUGGAGAAAUCCACGCUAUCGAUACUGAGGAGAGUAAAAUACAGUGAAUUUGCUUCAAUGAUUUGAUUUAGUUCCAGCUAUAAGCCCGAAAUGUACUUUUCUCCCACCAAAAUGCGAAAAAAACCCAAAUGUAAACAUCGAAAAUACGAUGGCCAGUGCUACACAUCUUGAUUCAAAUGCUCCAAAUAUAUACAGCUAGUCUUCGACGAUAUACGUAGAAAUAUAAAUACUACAAUGUACAACUUGUCCUUGACCAUAACAUUUUAAAAAUACCUUAAAUGGCAGUUUAAGCGACAAUCUCCACUAAAUCCGAGCAAAAUCGAGAAUAAGUGGCACAUGAGGAAAAGAAAAAAUCUUCUUAUUUUUUAAUGUUUACUCAGAAACGUGCACGUGGUGGUGUUUUUUUCUGAAAUAUUAUUUUAAACGCCGAAAAUGAACAAAACCUGACACAUACCCAAAAUUUUCGAAAUUAGCAAAAAGAAAUGUGAGCCACGGCCUCUCGAAAAUUUCCUUUUUAUCAUGAUCAAUUGGCGUCUCAUGAAACCUCGCCUUUCGUUUUUAAACGUGUUUAUAAGACGAUUGUAAAGAACAUGCGUCUAAUUUGCAAUUUUUGAAAUGAUGUUUCAAAGUCAAGACAAGCGUGUAGAAAUCGUCUUCUUUUACGAUCCAAAAAAUUCUAAAUUGGUACACAUUUUGAAAAUUAAUUUUCCGUAUCCGGUAAAACUCCAACUUCAUUGAAAUUUAAAUGUUGCUCUAAAACCUGAUAUAAAAUUUAUUUUGGGGCUUUUUGUUACCGCGGAAUUAUAAUGACUAUAAUAUCGAGAAAAUCAGCGCGAUAAUUGGACCGGGGUGGGUGUAUAUUCAUCAUGUUCAUAUUGACUAUUUAUUUCUCUAAAAUCCCGAUAAACAAGCAAAAUAAUUUAAAAUAAUUUAUAAUUUAUCAUUCAAAACCAAAUAACAAGAGAAGAAAACAAGUAUAAAUUCUCACGUUUCGAUAGUCUAGUCUGAGCAGAACUGUGUCCAGACUGUCUGUUUAUAAGGCCACAGUUACACGAUACCGCAUUCUUAUCGGAGCGAUAUCAAUUUAAGGUGUUUUCCAGUCUUGUCUGCUCUUACAACAUUUCAUGAUCAUAUUUGAAGCUCUUGUUAUAAUUAUGUUAUAUUAUCAUAUUUUAAGUGCCAAAUUCACCUCGAAGCAGUACAAUUUGAUGUCGCUCCGAUGCGAAUCCGGUAUCGUGUAACAGGGGGCCUAAGUGUCUUUCUACAUAUAAUCGGCUGCAUAUUAUAGACAUUAUGAUUUCGUGAUAACAAAACACCCCAUAAUUAUAAUAUUUUUUACAUCAGAUUUGAAAGCAAUAUUUGCUCAUACAUUUGUCUAAAUUUGAAGCAAUCGGAGUUCUACCGGAAAGGGAAAAUUAAUUUUCAAAAAUAUACCAAACUUAAAAUCUUUUAGAUGGGAAAAAGGCGAUUUUUACACGCUUGCGUUCAUUUUGAAACAUCAUUUAUAAGAUGGCAAAAUAGACCAUCGUUGUUCAUAAACAUCUUAUAUACACGUUUAAAGACCGAAAGUGAGGUUUCCUGAAGACGCGAAUUGAACAAAACGAAGUUUUCGAAAGGCUAUGACUCGCAAUGUUUUGUCUAAUUCCACGAAUUUUGGGUGCGUGUCAGGUUUUGAUAAUGUAUCGGUGUUUAAAAUAAUAUUUAAGAAAACAAACAACAUGACGUUUCUAAGUAUACAUAAGAGUAUUACUGGACAAAAUAAAAACAUUUCAUUUUUCAUCAUGUGCCACCCGUUGCUCGGCGAUAGUGCAUGGAGAUUCCCUCUUAAGUAUACGUACGAUUCCUGGGCUUAAUUUGAUCAAAAUCGUUUUUUUAAAUGUUGUGAUGAACAAACUGUUUUUGGGCAACUAAAAUUUGCAGUUGUCUGUCAAAAAACUAUUUUUAAGCAUGUCCAUGCUGUAAAACGAUCCGAAAAAUUAAUAACUUUGCUUAGUUUACCUUCUUUUGUCUUUUCGAGUAGAAAAGCUUCAAUUGCAACGAAACUAAAAGCUUUUUAUUCAGCUUUGUCGCAUCGUUUAUGCAGUUUGUCGGCAUACUUACUUCGCAACACUAUCAAAUAAUAAAAUAAACACGUUAUUUACCGUUCAGUUCAGUCCGUACUAAAAAGUACUUUCCCUCGGCCUCAGAAGUGUCCGUCGGCCUCGGGCCGCUUCUGAGACCUGGGAAAAAUAUUUUUUUCAGUACGGCCCUCCCAUGCACCCGUUAAAUGACAUACAUAUCUUACACGGGCAGUUGUAAUGACGGCAGUAACUGAUGUUCUCAUUCAGGUAUCGUCUUUUGAGCAAUCAACUAAUCUCAAUAAAUUGAACGAAUGUUAUAGAAUCUAUCAACGAAGAAGAAUAUAGUGAAAUCUUACGUGAAAUUGAGUUGAUGACGGACCUUGGAAAACAUGAAAAUGUCAUACAGAUGUUUGGCUGUUGCACAAGUUGUCGUCCAAUAUGUUUAAUCCUUGAAUACGCGCCAGGUGGAAAUUUGGAAAUUUAUCUGAAGUCUCUCAAAAAGAAGGUAAUUUUUCCUAUCAAAGCGCGUGUAAGGUUGCAAGGCGCAACCUUCCAUUUUUUGCGUAAGCCAUUUUUUAAUGUGGUUAGUAAAAGAGCCAUGAUGCAUGCGCUGGGAAAUUUGAUUUUUAGAAACACUUGUGUCUUUCAGAAAUCAGAACUUCAGUCUUCACAAAUUCCGGCAAUUUUCAUGCAGUUUGCUGACCAUUAGAAAGUUCUCCCCCUUUGCAUUCUCCCUGCAAUGGUAACCACUUGAAAAAUGGUAACCAUUAUCUCCUAAUGACUUUUCCAUUAUUCCUGGGAAGGAAUUUUCAUUCAAUGGCUUAUCGGUAUUUCAAGAACAAAAAAUAUUAAAUCUUUAAAUUUACAUACGUAUAUUACAUUUUCAUAUAUGUUUUUUUUCUUAAUUUAAAGUGUAAGGACAUAGCAAGCAAGCGUAUAGUUGAUGUCACAGAAUCUAGCAAGGUAUGAUAUAUUACCAACAAAAAGCUCUAAUUUCUAGUUUUUUUUCAAUUAUUAUACAGUUUAAAAUUAUUCUUAUUUAAAUUAAGGUGGCUCCUUAAACUUUUUUAAAUAGUAAAGAUUUUCUCAUUUGGAUAUGAUUUUCUGGAAAAUUAUUACUUGUUUAAAACAAAGAGUAUAUGACCGGCAUAAAAUAAUGACUAAAGCGUUCGAAAUUUUUCAAAAAACUACUCCCAGCAGCCGUUGCUAUGGCAACAAUGAUGUCACAACAUUGGAAUAUUUUAUGUUUAAAGUAAUUUAACUCGAAAUAAAUGUAGGUUACGUCCAUUUUUUAUUUCUUAAAUUUAUUUCUAUUGGUAUUUUGAAUUAUUUUUCAAAUUUUAAAAAACAUUAUGUAAUGCCGAAAUUUUUCAACAUAGGAAAAUGUGAAAAUUCGUGAUAAUUUUUUUGGUCAUUAUAGAAUUUUUUAAAAUCAUGAAAAUAAUUCAAAAUACAAAAAGAGAUGAUUUUAUGAAAUAAAAAAUGGGGGUAACCGACCUUUUUUUCAAGUUAAAUUACUUUAAACAUAAAUAUCAGCCAUGUUGUGAUAUCAUGGUUGCCAUAGCAAUUGCAGUUAGGAGUCGUUUUUUUUUUUAAAUUCAGAACUUCUCAGUCAUUGUGUUACACCAGUCACGUACUCUUUGUUUUUAAGCAAAUAAUAAUUCUCCAGAAAUUAAUAUCCAAAUCAGGUAAUCUUUAUUUUUUUAAAAAGGGUAGCGAGCCACCUUAAGUUUUAGUUUAUAUUUAAAGCGCCGCUAACUUAAAUAAAUUGAUAGCCUGAGUACAAAGGCCUCGAGUUCUAGAAAAUGACCGGAUACAGAUGGUUGAUUUUUUCAUGUUGAUGCUCAACAUUGAAUGAGAAUCCGGGUGGUACGCCGAUUCGCUACCAGUAUUAAAGGCACAGUUCAGCCUUUUUGAAUGAUGGAUUUUAAGACGCAUUUCAGCCUUUGAAUUGAACAAAAACUAACUAGGAAAAUCAAUUCAGUAUAACUUAAGAUAAUUUUGCGUAAUUGAUUGUCCUAGUAUUUUUUUCAAUUUAAAAUGCUGAAAUGCACCUUAAAAACCAUUUAAAAAAUAAUUCAAAAGGCUGAACUGUGCCUUUAAAUUAAAACAUCAUCAUAACAAUUAUUAGCUUCAAAAAAUUCGUAUUCCGGCCUUACCCAUAACUAGAAAAAUUUGCGGAAAAUUUCCUAUAAGAUUUCCAAAAAUAUAUUGAAUGAUUUCGAUGAAGAAAUGAAAAUGUUUUCCAUCUAAAAAGAGUAUUAUUAUGCCUUUAUCAAUGUAUUUGACUUAAUUACAUUGAUUAAAUAUUCUCGAAUGUUUUUUUUGGUUUGUUUUGUCUGUCACUGACCACAUAAUGUUCUUUCCGAUAACCUGUAUUAUCUAGUUGAAUUUCAGUGUGUAAAUUAUUUAAUUUUUGUAUUCUAAUAAUGGUGCUAAUAAAUUAUUGUUAUGUUAAUUUAUGUUAUGUUAUGUUAUGUUAUGUUAUGUUAAGGCGGAAAGCUCAAAACCGAAUUUUGUGUCAUGCUUCUUACACCCCUCAGAAAGAUUGGUACUGGAGUUAAAGUUACUAGAAAAAACAUGUUAUUAUAUAAUUAUCACAUGCACGGCAAAAUUAUGGACAAGCAAUGCGAUACAAAUAAUUUACUCACGCAUCUGGUUGCACCUCAAACGAAACUUAAUUAUUACAGUCAAAACUUAAGUCAAAAUCUCUUUUGUUUUAGCGCUUGCCACACUGUAUAUGAACAAGGGUGGUUAAAAUAAAUAAGUAGGACUUGUUUUCAACGAUUAAAUUAACUUCCUUUUAGUCAUGCAACAGAACCGAAAAAUGUGUUAAAAUAACUCAUAUUUUUGUUUAAGUUACCAAUAAAAUUUAGGUCUAGUAAUUGCACCUGAGACAACCAAAUUAAGUUGUGUAUUUUAAUUUAUCAAUCUGUGCAUGUUAAUUUUUGUUCUGCAUUUCAUUUCUUGGACAGUUUUAGAUAAAAUUGCAGUCAUUUUAACCAAUCAGAAUGGAGUAUUUUUUUAGUUUAAUAUUAGAAUGCAAGAUAAAAUUGCAGUCAUCUUAACCAAUCAGAAUCGAGUAUUUUUUAGUUUAUUACUACAAUGAAAGCCAAUUUAACUUUUUUUGCGCUUACAAGGUAUAAAAAUAAAUUUACAAUUACCGAAUUGAAAACAUUUCAGGAAGGAUAUCGGAAAUUGAUUGAGGCAGGCAAAAUGCCAAAUGAUCCAACAUCUUCAAUUCUUGGAAAUACAAGUGAACGGUAUAUGUUGGAAAAAGCAGGGAUAAAACAAACGGAAGGUAAUUACGAUAGCAAUUCCGAAAUAAUAUAUGAAAUUUCCUUUGCAUGAGAAUACACGAAUAUCUUUUCAGCAAUUCGGGGAGAAAGAUUGGUUUGGUUUGUCCAUGCUCAUCCAAAAUAACUUGAAAUAUAGGGUUUCAGAAAUGGUAAUUAUGUCCAUCUUAUAUUGUGGGCGGCAAAAUAAUAUUAUACGUUCACUCGCCAGUAAUAUUUACAGCUAUUUUUGCUCUUUAAUUAUGAUGAGGUAUAGGCCUAAAGAUGUAGAAAAGAUAGUCACAAAACUUUGAUAACGUACAUUAUCUCCUGCACUGAUUUCAUGAUGAUUCUAAGUUAUAUCAUCCAAGUAUGUUUUAUUAAUACAAUGCGAAUUCAUGGUGAAAACCUUUUACUCAUUAUACGUUUUAAGCAAAAAUAUGCAAACCAAUAAAAAUAUUUACAGGAAGAAGAAAUUCAUAAGCUUGCAGUCUGUCUGCAUGCAUUGGAAGUAAAUUAAUUAAAUUCUAUAAAAAAAUAUUUAAUCAAUAUUUUGAACGUAGGGAUGCAAUAUUAUACAAGAUGGUGCUUCACGUCAAAUUUUAUGUCAAUUUAUCUUACAAUUUAGAUUUAAACAUCGAGAUUGCCUCAAGAAUAAACAAGGAAAUUCGAUUUGCUUUGGACUCCAAAGAAUUGGAAUCAUUUGCUCGUCAAAUUGCUACUGGAAUGGUAAAAUUGUUUAAAACAAGAAUUUCUAAAAUAUUUCCUGAAACAAUGUCAAUAUGCUUGUUGUCCGUAAUUGUUCAUGGAUAUAUAGUCAAAUAAUCCACAACCCUUCUAAUAUUUUAACACUACUAAAUAAAUGAAUGACUUCUAGAUGUAUUCGCCCCUGGCCAUAUUAUCAAGUCACUCAACCAAGUGCUCUUUAAUCAACCAUAAUCACCGUUGUGUAAUAAUAAUUAUAUCAUUUCAUAUUUUUUUUUAGAAACAUGUUUCAGGUCUUGGUAUAGUUCACCGUGAUUUGGCUGCUAGAAACAUACUACUUGGAGAAGGAAAAGUUUUAAAAAUAUCAGAUUUUGGCUUGUCACGCGAGGGGGCAUACAUAAAAAAAUCUAACGGGAAAAUUCCUUUCCGAUGGCUAUCGAUUGAAGCGAUUCAAGAACGAGCUUAUUCCACUGCCAGUGAUGUGUGAGUACGCCAUUUAAAUGGAAAUACCUACGUACCGCCAGACCACCUCGCAUUUUAAACCAAACGACAAUAUAGUUCCCAUAGAUAUUAUCAACACAAUGUAUCCGUGGAGAAAAUUUAGAAAAAUAAAAAAAUAAAAAAUUAAGUAAACAAAACACAAAUAUCGUACUUCAACAUCCAUUCAGUUUUUGGAGUUGUGUUAUUUUGUGUUGUAUCAAUUUGAAGUAGCUACUGCUACUUCCAUACCGCUGAGUACGUGCAAACGCUGCAAUGAAAUUGACGGUAACGAAAAAGAGGACACCACGCAUUGCACUCCUGAUAAAUUGACAAAUUUUACAAAAUACCUUGUAUUUAUUACAAUAGUAAAGGCGCGCUAGUCCGCUGUCAUAUUCAGUGAUUUGUGAGCUAUAUUGUUUAAUGAGACUAAACAUUCUGUUUAGUUAUUUCUAUAGAUAAAAACUUACCAUUUAUUUCAGCUUGUAUUAAGCGUUUUUAUCUGGAAAAUUUCGUUGCUAUACUGGAAGUAAAAAUAUUUAUUUAAAAUGUUCAAGAAGAUCGGGUAUCCGAAUGAGUAAUCAAGAAUCAUGGAAGGCGCUGCCUGUAUUGACAAUUCGCCAUAGGCAACGAGAACGAGUUGUCUAAUUGUCUUAAUUAAUAUACUCUUUUAUACUAAAACACAAACUCCAAAUAAAUAAAAUUUAAAACCCCGCAAACCAGCGUCUGGAUGAUUUCGUUCGACUUUCACACGCUUUGCUUGCCGCAUUUAUUUAUUAAUUUUGGAAACAACCUGCGAAAUUUGUUUUUCUAUUCACAGCUUGUGAGCUGCGAAAUUAUUUUGAAACAGGCCAAAAAACAGUCACGAUAUGGAGGGAAAUAGAAGCGAAGUUUUGAGAAUUAUAAGAGGAUGAAGAAGACUUAAAAGUCGAGAAUUUAAGACGAUUUUAAACCGUAAACGAUAUGAUUUUUAUAAACGUUGCAAUAGUUUAUAAAUGUUCGUUUAAAAUACGCAUAAAACAAUACGAAAUACAUUGGAAAAUAGUUGUGAAAAACAAUACUGUCACCUGAAAUGCAUACACAGAAUUUGGCGGGAAACGUCGAAGGAAACAAAAAAAUACCAUUUAAAGGGAAAAAGCAUUAAAAUAUUGCUGUGAUAUAGACAUAAAAUCACAUGGGAGAAAGAGAAACAAAUACUUAACUGCAAGCAGCUGAAAUUUCAACGGUUUUGCUUCUAACAUGCACAAAAAUUGCGCUCUGCAAUUCCGUAUGUCUUCGCGUCACAUUUCGUGAUUUAAAUUUUAUCAGUAAACAUUUUCAGACCACAUUCAAAUCUUGGACAAAUUCCACGAAAAUUUGGAAAACAAAAGUCUCCUUAAAAGGUUAUGUCAAAUUGUCACGUCAUCAUUUAAAAAUAGUGUCAUAAUACUUAAAAGCCCUUAUUUACCAAUUUGCAUGCAUGCAUGAACCAUUUGUUUAAAAUUAACAUCAUUUUUUUUUCAAGCAAUAACAUAUUUUUAUAUACGUUUUUAUAUAUGCGUCAUUUUUCAUUUUUAGAUGGGCAUUUGGAGUUGUAAUGUGGGAAAUAUGUACUUUAGGUAGGAGCAUUUCCUGUCGACUUCUCGACGGCAUACUGUGUCAACCAAGUAGAAGGCGACAGCUAGCGAAAUGAUUUUUUUUUUCUAUAAACAAAUUUCACUAUCGGUCAGAACAAAAAAAAACGUUUGACAGUAAAAAUUAAUUUUAUAUAUAUUUGCCUUUUCUCCUCUACGUCCAUUUGCUUAAAUGUGGGAACUUCUUCUUUUGCAUGUGCCUAACCUGAUUUAUAUAUUUUAGGCGACACUCCUUAUCCAUCAGUCUCGGACAGGGAUCUCAAAGAUUUCUUACUUUCCGGAAAGAGAUUGGAGAAAGUGGACAGCUGUACGGAAGAUAUGUAAGA